UUGUUAGCGAAAGCCAUUGGAAGAACAAUGAAGGUCUCUGUGCUAAUUUCGCUCUUAGGCGUCUGCUUUAUGGCUUUCAUCGUACACUGCGAACCUAUCUAUCAACUUCCUUCCCAUGUUUCUGCAUUCGCUGAAAGCGAAGUGGUCCCCCAUGUUCUUCCAACCCGAGUUCCUGAAUAUGAUGAAACCGAAAUGCUACCCGAAGAGCCUCCAGCACGUGUCCCUGAAUUCGCCGAAACCGAAAUGCUUGUCGAGGACCCCUUACCUCCACGUCCUCGUAUGCCGCAAAUAGACGAAACUGUUCAUGAAGCUGUAAAUGAAUUAAUGGACAUGGUUGGACAAAUGAUUCAUUUCAUGGUCAAAAUAGGCUUUGAGGGAGGACAAGCGACGAUUACUGCUUCAAACCAACUACCCAAUAAUCUCGAGAACCCUGAAAGUGUGGAAAAUUUGGACUCUUCAUUUGAUAGAAGUCCCGAUUUCGAUCAUUUAUUAUCCCAAGAUCUCGAUAGUGACGCGCUCCCUCCAAUUCAACCACGUUCCAUUUUCAAUCCCUUGUGGUGGUUGUUGCGAUCUAUUUUCAGAACCUUGCGCGGCAUUAAUUGUACAAUUAAAGCUGUUGUCAAAAUAAGAGACAGCACUGAACUAAUGUUGGCCAACUUCCAUAAGUGUGGAGCUGAAGCCAGCAAAAAAGUUGAAGCUGUUGUGGAUUCGGCGGAAAAAGUUCUGAACAUCUCCAACGAAAUCGUCCAUAUCAAUAGCGAAGUCUGCGGAAAUCCUAAUUAUUCAAGCGAAUAUGUGGAUGGCAAUUACAAGAUGACCGCAACUUGUUUCAAACAAUUGCGCAGUAAAGUUAUAAGCUUAAAUAGUCAAAUACGAACCACUGUUAAUUUAAUUCGAAAGGUGUCCAUCGAUGCUGGAGAAUGUGUGACCACUACUUUCUUAGAAUACCGCAAAUCAAUUAUUAACUUCCCCUCCUUUAUUAAGGAAUGCUCAAAGUUUAAUUAAAAUUACUAUCAAGGCGGCCAUCUUAUAAAUACGCCUUGAUUACUAUUAUUUGGAAUAAAAAUGUUAUAUGCCAAGCAAUCAUUUGUUGACAUUUUGUAUAAUUUUAUCAUAAAAUUUAACGACCUACUACAUCGAAAAGAA